UAAGUUCUGAAACCACUAUCACAAACUGAGCCUCACAAAGUAACCAUCACAUCACUCAAAGCACUAGACGUUGCCACAUUCAGACGAAGAAAAUGCUGUUUCAGAAGUUGAGUUUUGUUUUUGCUCUCUGUGUUCUGACCGAUUGUGCGUACAUAAAUCUCCCGGGACAACCGUUUGACUUCCAGUGUCCAGCAGGUCAAGUUAUAAGCCGAGUGUCCAGUGUUUACGAUGUGCUGCUUGAGGACAGACAGUGGGAAUUUGGCUGUAGAACCGAGAAUGUGACUCAGACUUGCUCCACCAGUGGUUAUGCCAAUGACUUCGGACUUCCUUUGUCAUAUUCAUGCCCUGGGAAAAAAGUUCUGACCGGAAUACGCAGUUACCAUGACAACCAGAUCGAGGAUAGGCGAUUCACGUUCCGCUGCUGUGACGUCAUGUCAAAGGCCACCACAGGGUGUCACGUGAGCGAGCAAGUCAAUCAGUUUAACGGACCCAUGCUACUGGAAGUGUCUGCUGGCCAAGCCAUUAAAGGAGCCAUCAGUCAGCAUGACGUCGCUUUUGAAGACAGAGUGUGGAAAUUUAAACUUUGUAAAGUGUAAAUACAGACUUUUUGACUUCAUUGUUUUUUUGGAGUAUGCUCGAGACUCGAGAUAAAAAUGUAACUUGACUACACAAUUUAAAAUAAUAAAAAAGUAAAUACAUUUUUAUACAAAUAAGUGUUACCUAAUUUAAAUAAAGCAAUCACUAAUA